UGCUGCCAUCUACUAAGAUUUAUAAUUUUACGUAUCUUUAUCGUAAAAAUUAUCAUGUUAAUUUCCCGCCAUGUUUAUUGCGAUCUUAGAUCAUAUACAAUGGAUGGAGCUAUGUAUGUAUUUCUUGUAUACCGAGCUGUGUCUAACACACGGAGUAAUAUUACUCUAUGGUCCACCACCCAUUUGAUUUCAAAGUACAACGAAUUAUUAAUAUGUUAUUUAUAAUGCGUUUCGCCAACAAUCACUAUAAAAUAACUAAUAAGUGGGGGGUUAUGUUGGACACAGCAAAUGAUUAAAGUAGCUCCAUCCAUAUAAUAUGAACUAAGAUUGCGAUACUCGAUGGUCGUAAUCAUACAAAAUUAGUUAAGGAUUAGGAUUUCGCCUUCGUAACCAUUUCGGUGCCAUAAGUUAAUUUGGGAACCUGGAAACUUUCAACUUCACAAAAAUACUGAUAACGGGCUGUCCUUCGGCAUCCUGUAUAUCUUAAUUCAUGAGUAUAUCUACACCGUGGUUACCACCUAACCGCUCAAAUAGUAAAAUCACAGAAUCACGAACUAAGUUAUAAUAUGACAUAAUGGACUGGAAACGACAUGGUGACGGUCGACGGAGGACUGCCCGCAAAAGGUUCCUCUGUUAUCAUCCUCUUGUAAACACGAUUAAAGAUAUCAGGACUGAUUACGCUUAUCAGCAGAAGAUCUGACCCCUUUAUGAUUUGUGAGGAAAUUGUUGUUUACUGCUCGGUGUAAUCACGUAAUAAUAUUGUGAGUCGAAUUCAAAAUUCAACGUUUAUUUUAUUAACUAUAGACUAUAGUCUAUAAUAGUAUUCAAGUAUUAAACCAUUACUUAUUGUGUAAAUCCGAUGAAUUGCUUCAUGAAUGACUUCAAAGCAUGAUCUGUUUUUCAUUUUUUUCAUUGUAAAACUCAAUAAAUUAUGAAUGUUAAAAAUACUCGAUUUUUAAAACAAUCGUUUCCUUCAUUUAAAUGAAAAUGUGACACAAUUAAUUUUACCGUCGGCAGUUGAUUCAAACGUUUUGAUUGGGAUUACAAUUUAAAUGUUUCAAUCAUGUCUGAUGCCUGGCAAGAGAUUCAAGCUGUGAAAAGCAAACGGAAUUCAUUGCGGGAAAAACUUCAGAAGAGAAAAAUAGAGCGGCAAGUUAUUCUAAAUGAGGCAUCUGAUAAAAUUGUUCCUAGGGGAUCUUUAUUGCCAAGUACGAGUUAUGCAGAAACCGAAUCAGAUUUUGAUUGGAGCAAAGUAGGCGGCGAACGUAUAUUACUUAAAAUACUUGUUGAUGUAUCAGUUAAUCUUCCAAUCACAUCUCAUCAAUUAGUGACUGAUCUUUUAAAAAAAGAUUCUACCAACAUAUCACAUUCAUCUGUUGUUAAUUUGCUUUACAAAUUUGCUGCACAAAAUCUCAUAAGCUUAAAAAAUAUUACAAUUGAUGGCCAGCAAGGUUUGAAAAUAUUAACAGCUGAACAUUCAAAACUACUUGCAAUGACUAAUAAUUUAUCAUCAGAGGUUGAUUCAAAUUUGCAUCUUGAAAAAUCUCGCUUACUGAUAGAAGAUAAAAUCAAACAGCUUGAAUAUGAAGAUAUUGAUGAAUGUUUAAAAAACCCAAAAGUACAAAAGUUAUCAGUUGAUUUUAAAAAGUCUGAUGAGUCUGAUGAUGACAUAAUGUCCCUUAUUUCAAUGCCUUCCAUUAGAGAAAAAGAAAUUAAAAAAAUUAGUGAAGAAAUAAUGGAACUGCUUACCAAACAAACAGUUAAAGAGAAAUCUUUAUGUGAAAAAUUUCGGUCUAAAGGAGGAACACAUGUUAUGGAAUUUUGUCCACACGGUACUCGAUCAGAUUGCAUGGAAGGACAUGUUUGUAAAAAGCUUCAUUUCAAAAAAAUUAUCCAAAUGCAUACUGAUGAAACUUUAGGUGAUUGUUCUUUUCUAAACACUUGUUUUCACAUGGAUACGUGUAAAUAUGUUCACUAUGCAGUUGAUGGCGUAACUAGUAAAGUGAGUUUAGUGAACGCCCUUAAUAGUUUUCCAUCCAAAAAAGGGUUGAUUAAUGGUAAGUCUGAAUUGCUUCCAUGUCAGUGGAUUCAGUGUGAUUUGAGGUUUAUGGAUUUCACUUUUUUGGGAAAAUUUGCUGUUAUUAUGGCCGAUCCACCAUGGGAUAUUCAUAUGGAACUUCCUUAUGGUACAUUAUCUGAUGACGAAAUGCGACGAUUGGGUAUUCCACAAUUGCAGGAUGAAGGACUUAUAUUUUUAUGGGUUACUGGACGAGCUAUGGAGCUCGGCAGAGAAUGUCUAAAAUUAUGGGGUUAUGAACGAGUAGACGAGAUAAUUUGGGUGAAAACUAACCAGUUACAAAGGAUAAUAAGGACUGGCCGAACAGGUCACUGGCUGAAUCAUGGCAAAGAACAUUGUUUGGUGGGCAAGAAAGGCAACCCUCCCAGUUUAAACUGUGGUUUGGAUUGUGACGUUAUAGUUGCUGAAGUACGAGACACUAGUCACAAGCCUGAUGAAAUAUAUGGUAUUAUAGAACGAUUGUCACCCUUUACUAGAAAAAUUGAGUUAUUUGGACGGUCUCAUAAUAUUCAACCCAACUGGAUUACACUUGGAAAUCAGGUAGAAGGUAUCAGGCUAACUGAUCAAGAUCUCAUAACAAAAUUCAGAAAAGCAUACCCAUCAGGAAAUUGUUUGACAACAUUAAAGAGGAAUACAUGAGUUUAUUUAUAUUGUUAUUGUUG